AUGGCGGGCAUGGCGGGCGGCGCGGAGCCGAGGCGCUGCCGUCGCCUGGAGGCCGAGGCGGCCCGCGCGGUGCUCGGAGCGGCCGACACGCUGCUGUUCGACUGCGACGGCGUGCUGUGGCGCGGCGAGGCGGCGGUGGGCGGCGCGGCGGCGGCGCUGGGCCGGCUGGCGGCGGCGGGGAAGCGGCUGUGCUACGUGACCAACAACAGCAGCCGCACGCGCGUCGCCUACACCGAGAAGCUGCGGCGCCUCGGCUUCCCCCCGGCCCAGCCCCGGCACGUCUUCGGCUCGGCCUACUGCGCCGCCCGGUACCUGCGGCAGACGCUGCCGCCCGGCGCCGCCGCCUACGUGCUGGGCAGCCCCGCGCUGGCCGCCGAGCUGGAGGCCGUGGGGGUCCCGCACCUGGGCCCCGGGCCCGCCGCCCUGCCCGGCCCCGCACCCGCCGACUGGGCCCGGGCGCCGCUCGACCCCGCCGUCAGGGCCGUGCUGGUGGGCUUCGACGAGCACUUCAGCUACGCCAAGCUCUGCCAGGCCCUGCGCUACCUCCUGCGCGACGGGACCGGCUGCCUGCUUGUCGGCACCAACCGGGACAACCGGCUCCCGCUCGAGGGAGGCGCCGCCAUCCCCGGGACCGGCUGCCUGGUAAAAGCAGUGGAGACAGCAGCUCAGCGUGAGGCAUUCAUCGUAGGGAAGCCCAACCGCUACAUGUUCGACUGCGUGGCGAGCGAGUUUGACAUCGAUCCCACUCGUACCAUCAUGGUGGGAGACCGGCUGGACACAGACAUCCUGAUGGGCAACAGCUGUGGCCUCACCACGUUGCUGACGCUGACCGGUGUCUCCACGCUGGAGGAGGUGCAGGGCCACCAGGAGAGCGGCUGUCCGGCCCGGCACAACCUGGUACCUGACUACUACGUCGACAGCAUCGCUGACCUUCUCCCAGCACUGGGGGACUGAUAUAGCAAAAGGCUUGCAGCCUUUGUAGCCGUACCCCAGCUGGGCCCCUGUUAAUCACCCCGGCCCCUGUUAAUCACCCCGUGACAGUAACGUGCUCACUAGGAUACCACCCACAGUUAGAAACCCUUCGCUUUUUAACCUUUCUGUCCUCUCGAUACAAUGUUGUUUACAUCCCAGUCUUUAAACGCACUUUGAAACGAAGAGGGCAUUACGGCGUCACCCAGGUCUGCACGCCUGGGGCUGCUUUUUAAAUUCGAAACAUGUCUGUCCAAGUAUUUGUGAUCCUUGAUGUCGCGUUGUCCUCUAGGCUGAGUUGAGGAAAAUGGAGCUGGCUGAUCUGAGGGAGGGAACGCCACAUCUCGCCUGGAUGGGCUGAGGCUCCAUCCGGUUUAUUCAGGGAAAUGACUGGGAGCGUGUAUAACUUAGCAGCUGUGCCUGGAAAUGCUUGGCAGAAUGAGUGCUUGGCCUUAGGGUGGUCGGUUUUUAUUCUGAGCAGUUCCUGCUCAGCACAGUCCACUGCCAGCACGACUCGGGCCACAGAGGCUGAAAUCUGUCUCUGUUGUUGGACCGUCACGAAUGGCACUCGUGCAGGUUAGGGCGGUUCCACUCUCAGAGCAUGGGCUGUGUCUGCUGGAUGCUGUGUUGGGUGUACGUGCAAGGUACAUGUACAUAGCAGAGCUACGCCCAUUCUAAAUAUAUAUCAGAGUAUAUUUAAAAUAUAGAUUUAUGUAGAGAGAUAAUAUAUCUUGUUUCCCAGAAGGAAAGAUAAUAGGAAUAUGCUUCACUGAUCACAGUAGGUUAAAAUUCUCCUGAGCUUUUACAUUUGGUGAUGCAGAGUCUGUAACCACACAGGACUGUCCCUCACUACUGCUCUUCCCAGGAACAACUGGAUUAGUUCCAAGUUACUUCCCUCAGCAUGGAAACAGCCGCUUGCCUUGGCCUUACCUGCAGGCUGGAUUAGUGCUCAGCCUGCAGAGAUGGAGGCUGUGCACAGCUCAGCUUCCCACCAGAGCCAGCCUGUGAGCACACGGGCUCUGUGAGGAUGGUACGUGCUUCCUUUAAAUACCUGAAGUCUGUUUCUUCCACGUGUGUCUGGCAAGGGGCCUGGCACCAGCAGCUUCUCUGAAGAGGAGUGCUUGCUUCCUCUGGUGAUGGUUCCAUUUGGGUGACGCAUGGCUCUGGCAACGGGGUGUAUUUUCAUGCUGGCUGCAUCGAAGGCCACAGUUGCAACCUUUUGCAUUACAGAAUCAAGUGAAAAAUCAUAUAUGCAAAUAAUGUGCUUUUAUUCCGUAGAUCCCACUGUUGGCAGUUAAAUUUAAGCGCCGGCCUUCCCGCCUCUCCCGGUGUUCAGCUGGUUUGCUCUGGCAGUGUUGGUGCCAUUUCCUUCCACCUGGACACUCAAAACGAGUGGACUUUCCACCUCGUUUGUACAGCAAUAACUGUGCGGUUCGUGGUGUCUUUCAGUGUUGCCAGUGUUGGCUCGGGCUGAUGACGAAGGACAUGAGGAAGCACGGAUAGUCUCUUCCCUGUUCCUGUCUCCAGCUGGAAGGCUGGCAUGGUCAUGGAGAAAUACCCACACUUCCAGUUUGUCCAGGUAACACGGAAAUGGACAUCGCUGCUGGUCGGGUCUGACUUCAUGGUGUGUUCUUUGAGUCAGUUCUGUAUCUGGUGCUGAUGAAUUCAGAGCGCAUCGAGAGAAGCAGUAAACUCCAGGAGAGGCGUUUCCCUCUGUCCUGCAGCGCUGUCCUCACCAAACUGUUUGCUGUGCGAGGGAGCUGUUACCUCAAGUCCCUUGUGCUGAAAUGUGCUGGUGGAGGUGUCAGUCGUGCUUCAAACCCCUGUAUCGGCUUCCAGAUGGUUUUUAAGUCUACUUGAAUUCACAUUAAACUCACAAACCCGCU